AUGUAUUCCUUCAAAUUCGGACUGGCCUUAUUGGCAUCAGUCUUCUCUCUGCUCUCGUGGGCCAAUGGCAGCAAUCUCCACGUGCGUGCCACCGGUAACACGGUGCGCUUCAAUGUCACCUUGACAUGGGAGGACUGGGCGCCGGCAGGCAUCCCUCGCAAGAUGAUCCUCAUGAACGGCCAAUUUCCCGGACCGGCACUGCAGUUGCGGCAAGGGGAUAAUGUCGAGUUCCUAGUUACUAACCAUCUUCCUACAAAUACCACAGUGCAUUUCCAUGGUAUCGAGCAGCUUGACACUCCUUGGUCCGAUGGCGUCCCCGGUUUAUCGCAAAGACCUAUCGCGCCGGGCGACAGUUUCCUCUACAAAUGGCGAGCGACAAAUUAUGGAAGUUAUUUCUACCAUGCGCACACCAGAGGCCAAAUUUGCGACGGUCUCUAUGGCGCGAUUUACAUUCUCCCGGAUGAAUCAGUGGAGAAACCAUUUCAUCUAAUCACGAACAACACAAGCGAGCUCCAAGCCAUGCAAGCAGCUGAGCGGAGGACUAAACCUAUAAUGCUGUCCGACUGGCGGUUCUUGACUUCCGAAGAAUUGUGGAGUGCGGAGGAAGCGACAGGACUAGACGCGAUCUGUAUCAAUGCGGUCCUUAUCAACGGCAAAGGAUCGAUCAGUUGUCCGGGUCAGCAAGCCUUCAAUGAGCUGGCCAGCGCUGAGCAGAAGCAACUCAUUGGUAACCUAAGCCUAACUGACACGGGAUGCAUUCCACCAACGCUAGUGUCCGCUCAAGGCACAUAUUCUCACAACUACAGCGCUAUGCCGCCUUCUAUGUUUUAUGGCUGCCGACCUGGCAAUGGUGGUACCGAGCGUCUUCUGGUAGACCCAUCUGUCAGAUAUGCCAGUUAUGACUUGAUCAGCGCGGCUGGUGUCUCGAUGUUGACGUUUUCCAUUGAUGAGCACCCGAUGUACGUCUAUGCUAUUGACGGACGGUACAUCGAGCCUACGUUGGUGGAUGCAGUUACUAUAGCCAACGGAAACCGCUACUCCAUUCUUGUCAAAUUGGACAAGCCUGCCGGUAACUAUACUGUUCGCGCGGCGAAUUCAGGUAUCAAUCAAGUAAUCAACGCGACUGCGGUCCUCACAUACAACACGGCAAUCAAGUCCCAGAAGGGCUCUUCGGUGCCUUCAAUCGACAUCCACGGAUCGCCUGUGUCUUCCAACUACACUCUGUUGAAUGAGACUACGAUCAUGCCAUUCCCUGCAGAGACACCAUCUUCAGAGGUCGCCGCGACCCAUAUCCUCAGGAUCGGCCACUACAAUGCUUCCUACCGGUGGACUGAGGGCAACUCUAGUUUCCCACUUUCUCUGGAAGCCGCAUCGCCUUUGCUCUUUUAUCCAUCUACCGCUAAGCCUGAUCUCACGGUCAAGACGCUAAAUGGAACCUGGGUCGAUUUGAUCUUCCAUGUGAACGGUCAGAUUCAGCCUCCUCACCCGAUUCACAAGCAUAGCAACAAAUUUUAUGUGAUCGGUCAAGGCAACGGCGCGUGGAAUUACUCAUCUGUGGCUGAGGCGAUGCAAUAUAUCCCGGAGAAUUUCAACCUUAAGACUCCUCAGAUUCGGGAUACCUUCAUCACUCCGGCUGCGGCGACCGAAGACACGUGGCUGGCGAUCAGGUACCAUGUCGUAAACCCCGGUGCAUGGCUGCUCCAUUGCCAUAUCCAGGUGCAUCUGAGUGGUGGCAUGGCGCUGGCUUUGUUGGAUGGUGUGGACGAGUGGCCUGUGGUUCCAAAAGAGUACCAGCUCUCUGAUUCCUGA